AUGCUGACGGCAGUGAAGUUUCAUCCCUGGGUUGUCGGUAAACCCAAGAAACAAUGUUGGUUUAAAAACAUAAAUAUGGACACUUUACCUUGCAUCUACUCUCACCACAAGAAAGCUUUGAUCGAUGGUACAUCAUUUUGCAAGUGGCUUCUUCAUUUCAACAGUCGAAUGGUUGCUCAAAAUAGACAUGUUCUUCUUACAUUGGGCAGAUGUACUGCUCAUAAUGUUCAUGAUCUGAACCUAUCCAACAUAAAGGUUCAGUUUUUUCCAUCCAAUGCCACAAGCCGUCUUCAACCUUUGGACCAAGGCAUAAUCUCUCUCAUAAAGAGAGCGUAUCGUAAGCGACUUGGAAGUGCUUUAACAGAGCUUGGAGACAGCAACACUGAAGAUGUCCACGAGUUAGAAGAUGACACUUCACCUGAUGAAUGGACAGUUCUGCAGGACGUUGUGAACCCUGGGAUUAGUUUCGAAGAAUUCAUUAAUGUAGACAAUGAUGUUGCCAUAUGUGCUUCUGUGGAAACAGAUGUGCCAAAAGCUAUGAAUGAUGUGCAAGAAGAGCCAUCAGAAGGAAGUGGUGAUGAAGAAAAUACAGAUACCAUUCCACCUACCUGUCAGGAGAUGUUUACAGACUUGGACUGUUUAGAACGGUUCGCUUCAACAUCCGACGUCACUGCUGGGUUUACGGAUGCUAUCAUUGCAAUUGGUUGUGAAAUUACAAAAUAUUAUUGUUCCCAUGAAUUUUUUAAGUUGGGAAUAGAGAAAGCACUUUCUGCGUGGAAGGUGUGA